UUGUCCUGCUGGACUCGAAGGAAUCGCAGGCGGAGCUGGGCUGGACCUCACACCCCUCGAACGGGUGGGAAGAGAUCAGUGGCGUGGAUGAGACCUACAAGCCGAUACGCACGUACCAGGUCUGCAACGUCAUGGAGCCCAACCAGAACAACUGGCUGCAGACGGGCUGGAUCGCCAGGCGUGACGGCCAGAGGAUCUUCAUUGAGCUGAAGUUCACCCUGCGGGACUGCAACAGCAUCCCUGGCGUGACGAGCAGCUGCAAGGAGACUUUCAACCUGUACUACGUGGAGUCUGACUCCGACCUGGGCCGCAGCGUCCGUGAGGGCAAGCACACCAAGAUCGACACCAUCGCUGCCGACGAGAGCUUCACGCAGGGAGACCUGGGCGAGCGCAAGAUGAAGCUGAACACUGAGCUCAGGGAGAUUGGGCACCUGAGCAAGAGAGGCUUCCACCUGGGCUUCCAGGACGUGGGCGCCUGUGUGGCGCUGGUCUCCGUGCGGGUUUAUUACAAGAAGUGUCUGAGCACCGUGCAGAACUUGGCCACGUUCCCAGACACGGUGGCAGAGACGGCCUUUGUGACGCUGGUGGAGGUUAAGGGCACUUGUGUUGCCCAUGCUGAGGUGGACGUGGAUAACCCCCCUCGGAUGCACUGCAGCGCAGAGGGCGAGUGGCUGGUGCCCGUAGGGAAAUGCAUGUGCAGCCCUGGCUUUGAGGAGAAGGAUGGGGCAUGCAGAGCUUGCCUUCCAGGGUUUUACAAGCUCUCCCUCCGUCUCCCUCUCUGUUCUCCAUGCCCUGAGCACAGCUUCACACCUGAGGAAGCCUCCACGUUCUGUUUGUGCCAGACAAAUUACUCCAGGUCUCCUUCAGACCCACCAUCUGCCUCCUGCACACGCCCACCCUCUGCCCCGAGGAACCUGGUGUACAGCCUGCGCCAGUCCUCCCUGGUGCUGCAGUGGAGCGCCCCGGCCGACGCGGGCGGCCGCAGCGACCUCACCUACAGCCUGUGGUGCGGCCGGUGCCCCGCGGUGCCAGCGGGGCGCUGCCAGCAGUGUGGCAGCAGCGUGGGCUUCGUGCCGCAGCAGACGGGGCUGGUGGGGCGCACGGUCACCCUGGUGAACCUGCUGCCUCACGCCAACUACACCAUCCGCGUGCUGGCCCUCAACGGCGUCUCGGCCGUCAGCCCGCUGGCCGGCCAGCAGUACGCCGAGGUCAACGUGUCCACGGGCCCUGCAGUGCCAACUCCUGUCACUGACAUCCGCACAGACAAAGUGGAGCAGAAGAGUGUCUCCCUGUCCUGGCAGGAGCCAGGCUUCCUGACUGCCAAUGGCACCGAGUACGAGGUCAAGUACUUUGAGAAGGAUCAGAGAGAUCAAAGUUACUCAACUGUGAAAACCACAUCAACAGCCGUGACAGUCAAUAACCUGAAGCCUGGAACCCUCUACAUUUUCCAGAUCAGAACAUCUUCCUCUCCAGACUAUGGGAACUUCAAUCCUGGCAUUGAAGUGGAGACCUUGGCAGAGUUGACAGUGGCCUCCAGUGAGCAGAACCCCGUCCUCAUCAUCGCCGUGGUGGCCAUCGUGGGGCUGACGGUGCUGCUGUCCCUGGUGGUCGGUGUGAUGGUCUGGAGGAGGCAGUGUGGGUACAGCAAAGCCAGCCAGGAUGGGGACGAGGAGCUGUACUUCCACUUUAAAAUACCAACCAGGAGGACAUACAUUGACCCCAGCACCUGCGAAGACCCCAUGCAGGCCGUGCACCUCUUUGCCAAGGAACUGGACAAUGCCAGCAUCAAAAUUGAGAGGAUUAUCAGGACAGGAGAGUUUGGGGAGAUGUGCCGGGGGUGCCUGAAGCUGCCCUCCGUCCUGCCAGCCAUGGGGGAGCAGAGUCCAACACAGCUGAUGGUGAUUGGUCAUGAAGUAAAAACAACUCACAUGAAACCAAUCAAACAAUGGCCAGUUGCGCUGACACCGUGCUGCUUGUCUGUCUGUGCAGGGAGCACCAUGAUGAUAGUGAUGGAGUACAUGGGGAACGGGCUGCUGGACUCCUUCCUCAGAAAACACGAGGGGCAGCUGACAGGCACGCAGCUCGUCUGCAUGCUGCAGGGCAUCGCCUCUGGCAUGGCGUACUUGGCAGAGAUGGGCUACGUGCACAAAAGCCUUGCUGCCCACAAGGUCCUGGUGAGCAGCAGCCUGGCAUGCAAGAUCACAGGGUUCAGACAGCCACAGGAAGACAAGAUGGAAACCAUCUUCUCCACCAUGCGUGGGAAGAGCCUGGUGCUGUGGUCAGCCCCUGAGGCCGUCCAGUACCAGCACUUCAGUCCUGCCAGCGACGUGUGGAGCUUCGGGAUCGUCAUGUGGGAAGUCAUGUCCUACGGAGAGAGACCCUACUGGGACAUGUCCCACCAGGAUGUGAUGAAGGCUGUGGAGGAUGGGUUCCGCCUGCCUGCCCCAGCCAACUGCCAGCCUCCCCUCCACCAGCUGAUGCUCAACUGCUGGCAGAAGGACCGCAGCCAGCGGCCCAAGUUCUCGCAGAUCCACAAUGCCUUGAGCAAGUUGGUGCAGAGCCUGGAGCCCCCUGAGUGUCCCAGCUCCACGUGCCCCAGGUCCACGUCCCAUGGCACGUCCAUCCCCCUCUCCAAGAGAACCUUCUCGGCCUUCCCGUCCUUCAGCUCCGUGGGUGAGUGGCUGGAAGCUAUAGAAAUGGGCAGAUACAAGGACAACUUCACUGCUGCAGGCUACUGCUACCUGGAGUCGGUGGCCAGGAUGACAGCCCAAGACAUCCUGAGCCUGGGCAUCACGCUGGCAGAGCACCAGAAGACCAUCCUGAGUGGGAUCCAGAGCCUGCGGGCCCAGGUGAUCCAGAUGCACGGCCGAGGCGUGCAGGUGUGA